AUGACCCUCGACGACGCUCCCGCCCUUACCCCCGGCCACUCUCCUUCCCUUAUCGCCGCCACAGAGAAAGUCCGGGACGUAAAGAUCAGCCCAAACGGAAAAUACAUCAUAUACCAAGUCCAGCCUUUCUACAAGUCCUCGAACAAGUCAACGUCGAGACUCUGGCUGGCUGAAACGGACGUUUCGAACAGUGCGAAGCCUGUGACAGACGGUUUGUUCAACGACCGCGCCGCUGUCUUUCACCCGGACGGAGGGCGGAUCUAUUUCCUAUCCAAUAGGCACAACGGGAAGGGCGCACAUAUAUUUUCCUUAGAGGUUGGGAACGAAGGUGGGGGACGCCUCAUCGACGUCACAGCGAAUCUCGGCCAGAAAGGUGCACAGGCGUUUGAGAUUUCACCAGAUGGCGCCUCCGUGGCCUUUACUUGCGUAGAUGAUGGCGAGCACCUCAAGACUACCGACGCUAGGUUAUACCACGAGAAGACGGGCCUCUCCAAACUGAAGAUUUGUGAUAUCCAAUCGGGGGACAUAUGGACCAUAGACGGCAUCAGAAAGGACAAGCAUGUAGAAAGCUUCUCUUGGUUACCGAACAGCAAGGAGUUACUGUACAGGCUACGCGAUAAUAAAGGGGUAGAGUACGCUGAAGGGAAUAUCAUCGUGGAGAGGAUUUCGGUUGAUAGAAGUGAAGUGCCGCGAAUCAUAGAUUCUUACGAGCGUUCGCCUUCUAGCCCAACUCUGUGGCUCCCGUCCGGGCACAUCGUCGAACUACAAAGCUUCGAACCACGAAAUACUCUAGACGCUAGGACACUCUUCAUACAUGACCCUACCUACGACUCUACCCACGACCGUUAUUCCCAGUCGGCGAGGCGGCUCUAUGGACAGAAGGAUGACGCCGUACGAAUGGUCAAUGCUCGGCCAACGGCUGAUGACUCUGAAGUUGGCGAAGUCGCGAUCGAAGUUUCCGUUGGUGUCGAUACGAACAUCGAUAUCGCACGCUUCAAAAGUGGGAAGAGCGAUUCUCCAGAAAUAUUCACUCUUUUCAAGACCAACGCUGAUGCCGUUUGGUUUGGUGCUUGGGACGCAAGACGAGUUACUGAUGAAGACGGAAAUUCAUCAUAUGUAGCAGCGGUGGUUCUCAGUUCCGGCGAAAGGCAUCAACCUCCGAACAUCUGGGCAGGGAGAAGCCAACUCGGAGCCACCAUCCACGAGAUGAGGCAACUUUCGUCCCAUCUUCAGUGGCUGAAGGAUGCGCCUAUCAUUCGUACGGAAAGGAUUGUUUGGAAGGCCGACGAUGGUAUGGAGUUGGAUGGGAUGGUGCGAUAUCCACCUGGUUAUGAGAAGGAUGUUAGGCCAUUGCCUACUGUGCUUUUCAUCCACGGAGGUCCAUAUAGACGCGACAUCAUGGAUUACAUGCCCUACUUCUGCAAUUGGCGAGAGAUGCUGGCGUCGGCGGGGUACCUGGUCGUCUCCCCGAAUUACAGAGGAAGUCAAGGACGAGGCCACGAUUUCGCACAUGCUGCUAACCUUGGCAUCGGAAUGCGCGAUUGGCCGGAUUGCGAAAGCAUGGUCGACGAGGUGAUCAGACUCGGGCUCGCUGACCCUGAUCGACUGGCCGUUGCGGGGUGGAGCCACGGCGGGUCGCUGGCGGCGUGGGGUGUCACGCAGACAAAAACCCGGUUCAAAGCCGCUGUCGUUGGGGCCGGUGUGUCCAACUGGGAGGGAAUGGUGAUGGAGUCUGGAUCUCCCGAGCUUGAGGCCGCUAUCGGGCAGCGUGUCCCAUGGGACGAAGAAGCCAACGCGAAGGUUGUGGGGAAUAGGAGGUUAAGCCCCAUUCAUUCAGUGAUCGACGUAACAACAGCAGUGCUCAUUCUUCACGGCGAAAAGGAUGAACGUGUCCCUGUUGGGCAAGGAAUAGGUCUGUGGCGAGGGUUAAGGAGGAAAGCUGCGCAACGUGGGCGUGAAGGAGCACGACUAGUUGUGUAUCCUAGAGAGCCCCAUGGGUGA